GCGGCCACUCGAGGCUCCCAGCUUCCUGGCUCCCAGGGCACAUCUGAACAGCCGUGGGCGUAGCAGGUGCAAGGAGCCCACACCUGCUCUGUCUCCUCAGGGUGGGCGUCGGCCUGUGCACUCUGCACCUCUUGAGAAGACACCUGUGCACUGCUGGGGAUGGGCAGAAGCAAACCCCACCCCUGCCCAGCAGCCUGGGACCGACUCAGCUGGCGCUGGCAGGUGGGACACACCUCAUAGGUUCUCAGUGUAUGACACACAAAUCAAUUUAGCAUUUGUCAUAAAACCAUGGUUUUCUUGUGGUUGUUUUAAGGAAAAAAAUUUCAAAGAUGUGGGGAGCAACUGAGACUAGACUAAGUUACUGGAAUUAAGACUUAUUCUAUGCAUCUGCUCUCCCACAAUAUGGCGCUGGGGAGGAGUAAAACUUCUACGCAGCUGCCUCUCGCCAAUUUGACUGAUGAGCUGCAGGAGCUGAUCCUGCUCCUGAUUGGAGGAGAGCAGCGUGCUCGGCGUGUGGGUAGCAGAAUUGGGAUUGGUGGAGGAGGACUAUAAAGGAGGAGAGAGACAACAUGCACCGGGAACAUCUGAAGGAACACCUGAGCAGCCCCUGAGAGAGCCGGCCGGCAGUGUGCCGCUCCUCCGUGGAAGCAGGGAAAGUGGCUAGGGGGAACCGCCCUUCCACGGAGGUGGAGGGGACGGCAGCCAACCCGGGAAAGACCAGCAGCAAACCCGGGAAGGGCCGAGCAGACAAAAGAUGCGCAGGGUCCUGUGUCGUUCCUCCGCGAAUGGGGGAGCGAUUACCGCAUUCUCCUUCCAAAACCUCCCACCCCAUGGUGAUUCAACCUUGGCCUUGUUAAGGUGGGCAUGGACUUUUGGAGGAAGGGUCAGUAGAGGAGGGGUCGAUCCCCGGGGAUUUGAAGCGGGACAUUGGGUGUUCCUGGGCCUCUCUCGGGCCUGCUGACACACAGGGGAGAAGCAAUUGCUUCCCGCUAGGAUUAAUACCCUGCCCUGAUACCAGGAUGAGACAGGGCAGCAAGCAAAGAGAUGCCCACAGGGGGAGACAUGGACCCAAGCCCAUUCCCUUGGGAACUCAGGCCCUCACCGCUCCUUUGGCAGCCGUCCCCUCCCCUCCUUUAGAUUCCUUGCACCUGCACUUCUGCCACCUGUGGGCACCACAGGCUGGCGCCCCUCCCACACCUAUAGCUGCCUGCACUACUGUGCUCAUGGGGGUGGACACGCACCCAAAUAGGACCACUGGACCGGACACGGACUGCAACUCAGGGAACAACUUGGUGAGAACGGCUUGAGGUAGAAGUCAGUGUGGCUGGGUCAGGUCCCCAUCUCGCCCUCAGGGCAGCGCCCCCUCCUGAGCCCAGCCUUCCCCUCAACAAGGGUCCGUCAGUCUGGGAACCUGAGCAGGGGCAGGGGGGUCCCAUCAGGGGCCUGGGGCUGUCACCGCAGUGCAUCUCCUCCUUCCCUUCCCUUCCUGAGGGGCAAGGGUCACUGAGCGCCCACUGCAAACCUCUUUCAUCCGGGCCUUAGACAGAUGCAGCGGGCAGGCAGGGGUCUCUUGUCUCUGGGACCCACUGCACACUUGGUGGGGGCUGCGGACUACAGGGCGGGACCCAGGGCCCCCUCCCCCUGCGAAGCCCAGCCAAGAUGGAGAAGGGGGCACGGCUGGGGCCCUCACUGCCAGGCUGAGCCACACCCCGAGGGCCACCACCCAACGCCCCAAGCCGCCAAUAGGGGGCACGCGUGGCCGGAGCGCGCAGGGUCUCAGUCUGGGCCCUGGGUCCUGGAUCUGUCUGGGCUGUGGCUCCCCAGGAGGCCGAGGUGCAGGGGUAAGGGUGAGGACGGCCUGGGCAGGAGGCUGGCGGAGGGCGAGUGUAUGCCAGCGGGAGACGCCCGCAGAGACGUUUGGCGCCUGCCUCGCUCCUCAGCCUCUCUGACAGCCACGAUUAGGAUUCCAGGGUCCUGGGCUGGGGAGCAGUCCCGCCCCCUCCACCCUUCGCGGCCUCCCCCAGGGCUUCCCUGGCAGUGGCUCUAAGAGCAGUGCGGCCCCCGCCCGAGGGAUGACUCUUCCAGGGCUGCAGAGCGCCCCCUGCUGGCACGAGGAGCCCUCAGGCCGGGCUGGGCUCUGCACCCCUGUUCUCCUCCCUGGGGCCGGCUUCCCGGGAGCCUCUGGUUGGGCCAGAACCUCCGUCCCUUUAGCCCAGCUCCUGGGCCUCUGUCAGGAGGCCAGGGCCCGGAAAGCAGCACUGGGCGGCGGCGGAGGCAGCGCAGCCCUGGCUGCUUCAGGCCCAGGCCCCGCCCCAGCUCCCUGCCCCCUUCCCUCCUCCUCCUGCUGGGAAGGGCUGGUCUCAACCUCACCCAAGAGCCCUCCGUACACACCUGUAGGGGUCGCACUCCGGCCCUUGUGGGUCUCUGAAGGAAGCUCCCUGGUGUGUCCCAGCCCCAUGAUACUGACAAAGCUCAGCGCCUGCCAUGUCCUGUCCAGGCCAUCCCUGUGGUCAUCAUUUGUCGGGGUCUUUCUGUUCACACCCUGGAGCUCACAGGGGUCCCAACUCUGAGUGUUACACGGCAGGACAGGCCCCACGGAGAAAGGGGGCAGAGGGCAGUGGCAGCAGUGCCCGGGGGGCCACACCUGCUUGUGCACACAGCCCCUCCUCCCUCCUUGCAACUCUGGGGCUUGCAUGCCAAUGUGUGCACCUGCAGGUGCACCUUUGUGGGUACCUGUGUGUGUGCACAGGAAUACUGAGGGGAAUCCGUGAGAAGAGGACAGGCGGGACAUGGGUUAUAAUAGGCACACAUGCUUACACCUGCAUAUACCUAAUCAUGUGCACACACACAUGUACACACGUACUAUAUAAGUGUACACAUGAAUGUGCACACACAUAUACACACAUACAUAUGCACAAAUGUACUAAACAAGUGCAUGGGAUAUCUAAUUAAAUAUUGGCUUAUUCAAGUUCAAUAAACACUCUGAAGUCCAUACAUAGGAGUUUGAGCCCUUGCAAAAGAAGUCCAAAGAACAGAGGGGUGGAGUUAGAAUAAAUAAGAGUUCUAGAAAGACAGUGGUUAGCUGGGAAGGAAGAACCUUGCCAGAGCACCUGAGGUCAGGCUGCCUACUGCGUUCUUCUGGCUGCUCCCUCCUCUGCUGGAGCAGGUGCCACACUCAGGUUUCCCCGCAGCCUGUUUGUGCGUGACCCCACAAAGCCAUGUGGCUGUGUCUGGCGGCCCUCGUGGGCCUGUACUACCUGGUGCGCUGGUACCGGGAGAGGCAGGUGGUGAGCCAGCUCCUGGACAAGUUCGUCUUCAUCACGGGCUGUGACUCGGGCUUCGGGAGCCUGCUGGCCAGACAGCUGGACAGGAGGGGCUUGAGGGUGCUGGCUGCGUGUCUGACGGAGGAGGGGGCUGAGCAGCUGAGGCGCCAGACAUCGGACAGGGUGGAGACGGUGACCCUGGACGUCACCAAGACCGAGAGCAUCGCGGCCGCCGCCCAGUGGGUGCAGGAGCACGUGGGGGACCGAGGGCUCUGGGGCCUGGUGAAUAACGCUGGCGUCUCCACCGCCACGGCCCCCAACGAGUGGCUGACCAAACAGGACUUUGUGGACGUGCUCAACGUGAACCUGCUGGGGACGAUCGAGGUGACCCUGAGCCUGCUGCCCGCAGUGAGGAAGGCCAGGGGCCCCGUGGUCAAUGUCUCUAGUGUCAUGGGCCGCUUGUCGCUGUUUGGUGGCGGCUACAGCAUCUCCAAGCAUGGCGUAGAGGCCUUCUCGGACUCCCUCAGGAGGGAGCUCUCCCCCUUCGGGGUGAAGGUGGCCAUCAUUGAGCCCGGUGCCUUCAAGACCAACCUUGCGGACCCGAAGAGAUUCAUGCAGUCCUUACGGGCGGCCUGGGAGUGCGCUGGCCCGGAGGUCAGGGCCAUCUAUGGCGAGGACUUUCUGGGAGCCUACAUGAAGUUGGGUCAGCCGUUCAAGUCUCCGUUCAGGCAGGACCUCCCCUUGGUGACGGACUGCAUGGAGCACGCGCUGACCGCCUGCCACCCCUGCACCCGCUACUCGCCAGGCUGGGACGCCAAGCUCUUCUACAUCCCCAUGAGCUACAUGCCCACCUUCCUGGUGGACGCCAUCAUUCACUGGUUUUCCCCGAGGCCAGCCCAGGCCCUGUGA